UAUAAAGCAAAUAGCUGUUUGCUGACAUCUAGUGGGGCUGAAUGUCAUAUAUUGCACCUUUAAAUUUCAAGCUUUUCCAGCUGUUGUUGUCCAACCUUCAGAUAUGACACUUGGGAAUGUAGUAUAGAGUGUGGGAUUAAUAUAUAAAUAAAUAAAAUAUCAUAAAACUGUACAGCAUGAUCUGACAAUGCAGAUGAUUCUGCUUAGGAGAUAAAGUCCACCAGGAAAUCAGUCAAAAGAAAUUCUUCCUGAAAGUCAAAAAUUGGCCAAGCAUUAUAGCCUCAGAUCCCAAUUAUAUCAGGUGUAUUCAUAAGACAAAUUAAGGAAAAAGGAUUGAUCCUAUAUAGAAAUACCUCAAUUAAUAAGUACUAGUGUGUUCAUAACAGAAAAAUGUCCAGGUUAAGAACAACAGCAAUUCACGCACACUCAAGUGCACACUAAACAUGCAGACCACCCUUGUGUGCACACAGAUAUGACAUAGGCUAACUGAUGUCAGUAGAAAGGGAUUACACAGACACACACACACACACAUAACUAACAUAUGUUCCUCUCCCAGGCUGAACAUUUGGCUAAUCCAGCUGUCAUUUCAGAAGUAAGUAGGGAAUUCCUCGUGUAACCAAUCCUCGUCUGACCCUGUGCACUAGAGAGUAACAUGUUUGCCUUCAGGGAAGAGUGUACGUGUGUGUAUGUGUGAGCAUGGAAAAGAGAAGGGGGAACAUGUAUUUAAAUGCGUGUGUGUCUGUGUGUGUGUGUGUGGGCUCAGUGGCUUUCCUGAAAUCAAUCAGCACUCUGGCUUCACUUCUGUCUUUCUUUUAGUCUCCUGUGUGGUAAAGACUGUCUGUCUGCCCCUUCCCAUACUGCUGGAAAGCACCAAACUCUCUGCUUGCUGCUUGGCUCAAUUCAUUCAGAAUACCUCCAUUAGUUUUAUGCUCAACUAAAGUCUGCCAGUCAGCUACACGAUUCAAAAUAUAUUUUGGAAAAGUCUGUCAUUGGUGGACUUUCCUUUUAUCGUUUAUUUGUCAAAGAGAGUAAGUUGAGAAUCUUGAGGAAUUUCUGUGAAUACACACUAACUUUAAACUCAAUCCGUGGUGUCUUCAUUUAAACAUUAAAGGGGUUAGGGUGUCACACAUUACACACAUCUGGCAAUUGCUGAGAAUUUGGGAGAAUUUUGGGGAAAAAAAGAUUGAGUACGUAAUUCGUUUCAGGCAGAAGGUCACAGUUAUUUGGUAUACAAAAACAGGUUUCCUUGGAAUUGUGAAACUGCACAGUAUUCCACUGAACAAUGAUGCAUCACUCUCAUUUAAAUCCACCUACAGUACACUCUUAGUAAUACAAAUGUCAACCUACUGUAUCUGUUCCUGUUUUGCAAUAUUUAUUACACAAUUUAACUUUUCCAUUGCCAGGUGUUGAGAUUUCCAGACAUUAAAUAGCCACUCUCUGACUCAUACUCUUAUGUUCUCACUGUUUGGAAUUUCCUCACUUGAAAACACUCGACCUGUGAUCACAAGUCUAAAGUUCUCAGGUAUCUAAGGUGGAUAGCAGAUGGUGGGAGACACUGUAUACAUGUUUUGUCUUGGUACAUGCUAGAAACAAGAUGAGAUACAAGCUGUAAAGUCACUGGCUGCCAAUGAAGAUAAAAUCUACCAUGAUGUAUUGUGCUCUGUGCAAACGAAAACAGAGAAACUACAUAUUUGAUGCAAAGAGAUUGAUGGAGACAGACUUAAAUAGAAAGAUUUUUCUUCAAAGAUGAACAUUAAGGAAGAUAUUACACUAUUUACAUGUUGGAUUUCAGAGAUUACUGUAAAAGGAUUUCAAAUAUUCUGGUAAUGUAGCACCCAAGCUAAAUAUAUAGGAUAAGUCCUGUGGGGAUACAGCUCAUAUAUUCAUGUUGCACAAGUCUGAUUUUGCUUUGAUAUUUUUUUUUUAAAAGCAAAGUUUUUCUCAAGUGAACUCUGUAAACCCUUUCCAGUUGAACGAGAAUAAGCAAUGUCUUAACUCUAACAUCCCCUUCCACCACUGACGUGCACAUGCCAUCUGUAUUCCUUCAUUUUCACUUUAUUUCCCCAACAGGCUGUCACAUUCUCUUCAAGAUCAUAGCAAUACGAGAUAUAACCCUUAAGCAAAGGAGGUGCAUAUAUCAUGCAAACCGUGCCCAAGGGAGGUUGGCUCUAUGGAAAAGUAUGACCUUUCAUAAAGUUGAGCAUCUUAAAGCAUCUUGUAUGAUCAGAGUUUGUUUAAUUAAGGGUGGAGAUCAGAUGUUUGAUACAGCAAAAGCUAUUGCCUUCUUGUAAUAUGACUUCCAAAUUGACUUUAAGAGGCUGAUAAUGCUGAGCUACUCUCUAUAAAGGAGAAAUGAAUACAAUUAAAAGAAAAAAGAUGCUGUUAUGUGUGAGGCUGGUGGUUACCAAUCUGUGGUGGGUCCUCAGAUACCAUGGUAAAGUGAUUAUAGAGUUAUUGGUUUAGCUCAGAUUUACAGACCAACAAAAUACUGGAAAAAAAUCAUAUUUGUCUGUUUAUAUAAAUAUCACAACACCAUCAGUUGUGAUGUGGGCUCUCAGUAAACAGGGAAUCCCCUGCUUAUGAGCUGUUUUCCCACCAUUUGUGAACUAAUUUCCCGUAAUACAUAGCAGAUGCAGUAAGCUGUCGUAAUAAGUGAAGUGGCGUCAUGUCAUGUCAUGUUAUACAGUCAUAGUGAUGAAGAUGUGUUUGUGUGAUCAGCCCACAUGCCAGAAAGGAGGAUGUGUGGGAUCUCUCAAGGAAUGAGCGAGACAGAGAUGCUAUCACUGUGGUUUAAGGAGAUUGACGUCAGUUAUACAUUAUGGAGACGUUGAAGAUUUUUCAUAAUGCAAGUGUCAGCAAAUGCAAAUGUUAGAAUUUUAUUGGAGUCAUGGUUUUCUCUUGGAAAAACAAGAAUAGAAAAAAAGGGAUAUAAUCACAUUGUAAACUGUUAAACUUGUUUUACUGGCUCAGAACAGACUUAUCAAACAAACAAGCAGUGAAACCAUUAACAUUAAUAAUGACUGCAUUCAAUUUAGGUGUGUACUUUCUACAAUUUGUGCUGGCUCUAUCAAUUUACAAGUGUUUCAGCUAAAAUGUUAACAACGUAUCACCUUUGGAUAUUCAAAUGCAAUAAAAUAAACUUUUUGGCACAACAAAAUAAGAGACCGACAUGAAUGAGUCUCGUAAAUGCAGCAAAUAAAUCGUGGGGAAAACAGUAUCCUGAGUUGGCUUGAUGGAUGAUGGCAUGAAUCAUAAAGGAACAGGAUGCAUUUAGGCCAGUUUCACAAUGAUGUACAAAAACUUUGGAUCUGGAAAGCCAAUAAAAAUUUGUGUCACUGACUAACUUUCAAAUUACAGAAACCCUUUUUACAGUAUUUUGUUGCUAAGCAAUAACACUGAUGUUAGUGUGCAAGUUGCAGUGCAGUAUAUUGUCUUUCUGUGGUUUUGAUGUGACCAGAAACUAUACUUAAUCUAUUUGAGUGACCUUUAAAAGGAAAUUACUUUUGAGAUUGUACAGCCCCAAAAGACAGAAAGACAGCUACAAAAGCUUAAGAACUGACAGGAACUUAAUAAGAAAAAGUGAUUCUUGAGAAAACGACUCUUGCAAACACAACAAACUGCUCUAUAGUGAAAAAAAACCAGCCGUUAAAGCAUCUGUUAUUAAUUAAAACAAAGAGCUCAGGCAUUCCAGAGCAGCAGCAGCAGCCCCAUGGACCGCCCACCCACUCUUAUCGCUAUCUUCUUUCUUUUUCUCCUUCACUCCCACUGUAUUUCUCCCAAAAAACUAAAUCUGCCUGUUGUUUUGGCCAAGGCUAAAGAGGAGUAUGUUGAGCCACUGCACAGACCAGCUGGACUGACAUGAAGCAGAAAACAGAAGGGAACAUGCCAGGUGUAUGUCUGUGUGUCUUUGGAUAUAAGCUUUUUUUUUUUUUUUUUUUUCUAAACGAAGACUUUCACUCUGCUUUCACUUAAGUCCCCUCCUUUCACUUCACACGCAGACACAUAUGCACAUCCUCACCACAGAAACACUGAGCAAAAGGAAUGAAUCUGGGAGUCAGAGCAUAAAUAACAAAGCAAGGAGAGGGGGCGGCGAGGGAGGGAUAGGGGUGAGGUGGAGGGGCUUUGAGUAAAGAGUGGGAAAAAGAGCCCAAAAAAUGAACAGUCAGAGGAACAUGGAAAAUCCCUGGUUCCCAUGCCAAGAAUCCGGCGCAGCGAAAACACACACACACAUACACACACACAGUGUAUCUGAGAGCGUGGUGGGAGCUCAGAGAAGAGGAGAAGGUAGUGAUAAAAAUAAUCAGCGCAGCUCAGAUUUGGAAGGCUCAAUUCAGGAGAACUCUCUGGACCUUUGCUAUCUCUCCACUCCUUGUAACAUAUUAGAUUUUUGGUUAGGAACACUUAAUUAAAAUGAAAACUAUUCUGAAGUAGCAUGAAUGAAAAUGGAAAAAAGCCAGUGAACGUCAGCUUUAUUCCAUGGUAGGAGCGAGAAAAAGAAAAAAAACAAAAAAAUCACAUGACAGAUUUUGCACAUACUGUAUUUAUUUUUCCAUUAUUUCGCCUACUUGGGAACAAUUUGACCUCCACCCUUCAUAGUUUUGGUUUCAGAUUUUGUUUUUCCCUCCAUUUGUAUGCAUAAAUGUUUGCAAGUAACCAACUUUUAAUAUAUAACUAUGAAUAAGGAAAAACAAAAAGUGCAUGAAAGUGAAAUAAUCAAGUAAAUCCUGAUUGGAUUAAACUUGCGGGUAAUGCUGGCAGAUAAUAUAAUCAUGAAUAAUUCAACAAAUACUUAAGCUAGCCAAUCAUAUUGCGGUUAUGAUAAUCACCAGUUGCCGGCAGCCACAGCACCGCUUACUGUGGAUGUCACCCGUUCCCUUUCCUGGCCUGACACUCACAAAUGGCACAGCUGCUAUCUAUAGUACAACUCUAUUUUCAGAUCAUGCAGACAGGACGCAAUGGAACUCUCACAAACCUUUAUUUACUGUCCAGUUCUGGGGAAAAAAUGGCUAAACUACACUCAGGUCACAAACUUGUCCCUGCAAUGCCAUUUGAGAGCCUGUUUUAGGAAGAAAAAAUACCCAGGUUUAAGAGAUCAUGGAAGUGCCUAAAGGCCUGGGACCUAACCAGGAUAUUCAUGCUGAGAAUGUGACCCUUGAUUUGCAGGUAACAGAGCACCAGACGGGCUGGGUGAGAGUGAGGGUGGAGGAGAGCUGGUUCACUGUGGAGCGGGACUUGCUAGCGGGGCACAGCAGCUACUUCUGUGCCCUCUUUCAUUCUGGGAUGAGAGAAAGCCAGCAGGACGAGCUUUACCUGAAAGGAGGAGUGCAUGCAAGGGGUUUCCUUAUUGCUCUUACUGUCUGCAGAGGAGAGCGUCCCACUAUCAGUGACCCAGAGGAGCUUGUGGAUGCUGUUGAAUGUGCUGCUUUCCUGCAGAUCGCAUGUUUGGAGCAGCAUCUCUGUGAUAUUAUUGACACAAGCAACUGCCUCUUGCUUUACCAUGCAGCCUCCAUCUUUGGGUUGCAAACACUCUUUCACAGUGCUGCCCUUUUCCUUUGUGAUGCUUUUGAUGAUCUGAAGGAAGCAGCAGAGAGUACAAUCCCUGAAGACCUGCUCCAAUAUUCUCAAUCAUUGUCGCCUGCUACUUGUAUUGCGAUAGGUACUCAUUCCCCUUCAAUGGAACUGCUACACGGCACAAUCAGGGUUGUUUGCUACCUCGAUGAAAAAGCGGGAGAAUGGAAGCAUCUGACAAACCUCCCAACUCUCUGUAGCACCUCCUUGGCUGGAGUGGCAGUGCUUGACAAUCGGUUGUACAUUGUAGGGGGAGUUUACGGUUAUGGCAAGGAAACAGUGGACAGCAGCUUCUGCUACAACCCAGAGUCAGGGGUUUGGACUACUCUUCCUGGACCCCAGCAACCGAGAUGUGACUUCACCUUGAUGGGACAUGAGGGCCGACUCUAUGCCAUUGGUGGUGGGGUCCAAAAACGGAUAAUUUCCUCAGCAGAGAGUUACGACAUUGAGAAGGGAAAGUGGACAUUUAUACAACACGCACCAAGACCGGUUGCAUCUGCUGCUUGCGCUGUUGCAAGACGUCGGAUGUUUGUUUGUUUCUGGAAGCCACCAGAUACUACAGAUAUCUAUGAAUACAUACCGAUGAAAGAUGAGUGGAAGCUUGUCACCACCAUGAUCAGACCUCAAAGUUAUGGCCACUGUAUGGUGGCCCACAGGGACAAUUUAUAUGUGAUGCGCAACGGGCCUUGCGACGAUUUCCUACGUUGUCUAAUGGACUCCUACAAUAUUACAACAGGCCAGUGGACAGCCAUGCCCGGACACUACAUAAACAGCAAGGGGGCGCUGUUCACUGCAAUGAUAAGGGGGGAUUCUGUGUUCACAGUCAAAUACAUGUUAACUCUUGAAUACACCAUCAGCGGAGAUGAAUGGAAGCCCCGCAGGCAGAUGAAGGGAUUUCCAACGAGUGGUUCACUGUGGACGUGUUUACUCAGGCUUCCCAAGACGGGACCAGUUUCACCACGGUUGGGUGCAGAAGGGAAGGAAGAAGAAAUGCCUUUGCCAGACACAUCUGAGGAAUUCAUGACAGCUACACCACAACUGUGAAAUAACAACUGAAAAACAAUAUGUUUUUUAGGGUUUCUAAACUGGAAUAUAAGUCUAAGAAUUAAAAAAAAACAAAAACACUGACGCUACAUGAUUCUGGAGAUUCUAAUAGAAAUGGUCUUCAUUUUAAAGAAUUCACUUUCACAUGCACACACACUCGUACAUGUGCUGACACCAAGCAUUUGUCCUGAUUAGCAACAGAUGCUACUGUAGUUUAUAUUAGGGGAGGCCACUGUGCAUGUGUGAGUGUGUGUAAAGUUCAAAGGCACUGACGGGAUGUUUUAAACCUCUCAUUCCCCAGUUUUUCCUGAAGUCACACUGGGCCAAUUCAGGAGCCACUAACCUCCCAGUCAGUCAACAUAAAACACACCACAGCUCUCUCACUCACUCUUGAAACCCUCACUUCACCAGGUUUGUUGAUGAGUGAUUAAAUACCUGUUUCUGUGGGAGAAUACAUUUCACAUAGCCUCUAGCUUGUGAUUUUGAGAGUUGUGGGAAAUGUGUUUGGCUUGUAUGGCCACAGACUGCAUUUUUUCAGGAUAUUAAAAACCAAUGGAGUGAGAAUGGACUGGUAACAUGUGAUAUUAAUCCAUCGUACUCUAUUUUGCAUACUUGAUGUGCUUUGUGAUGGUAUUAUCCUUACUGUAACAAAAGACCAAAACACUGUCAAUUAUGUUCACUGUUGGAAUUUGUCUUUGGACUCCUUUUGCAGAUAGUUCAACAUCAUGAUUUCCACUGAAUUUUCCCAUGUACUUUGGCGAGUUCAGCAGUCCUACUGAGGUCAACAAUGCUAUUACCGGUCCCACAUCCAUGGCAGAUGCUCAAAAAAUGGAGUAUUUUAUGCCAAAUCAUUUCACGUGUUAAUCCAUACUCGGGGACUUGAGUUUG